AUGCGCUUCACCGCCGUUGUCCUCGCCGCCCUCUCUGCCGCCACCGCCGGCUUCGCGCAGAGUCUCUCCAUGUCGGGUGGAGAUGCUACCUUCUACACCCCGGGCCUCGGCUCCUGUGGCUUCUUCAACACUGAGGCGGACUUCAUCGUCGCUGUCGACAUUGCGACCAUCCAGUCCUUCCCUGGCGCGACCGCGAACCCCAACGCUAACCCGAUGUGCGGUCGUCAGAUGGUCGUGACCGGCCCCGACGGCAAGACGGUCACCGUGACGGUCGCGGACACUUGCCCGGGCUGCGCGCCAGGCUCCGUCGACCUCACUCCGACGGCGUUCCAGCAGCUCGCUUCGCUCGACGUCGGCCGCCUCCACGGCAUCAGCUGGACCCUCGUCUAA